AUGGCAUUCGAUCUUCUCGGCCCCGUCGUCAGGUCUUCCUUGUUGUUGGUUGUUGUUGUCUCUGCUCGGUUUCGGCCAUCUGCUUCCUCUCAAGUAUGCUCGCCAACCCUUGUCGUCCUUCGCUGCGCUGGAGGCGAUCUGAGACAUUCCCAUCCCAGCCAGAUCUGCAUUCCGACUCAGAACACCCUGACACUGGUAGUCGAGGGAGACUGUGGAUACCGGAGGCAACUCGAGACCUGA